ACUGGCCGACUGAAGAGGGCCUGGUGCGGCGAUCGCCAGGCGCGGGCCCCUGGCGGGCGGGCGGUUUAGCUCCAUGCUGUGUACUUGGGGUUCGAAUCCUACUUAGAACGGAGGCCUGAGGUGCCCUCCCUACGUCGCACUUGCUCUUAGAGCACCUCGCGUGCGACAGAUCCCGGACGAGGCCGCGAGGCAGCCUUCGUGGAGAUCCCCGGCCCAGGUGGCGGACAGCCCAGAUGAUGAGUGAGAAGAUGGACAACGAAGACCCAGAGCCCAUGGAGGACUGCGGUCAGGAUAGCUGCAGUGCCCUGGGUAACUGUGCAGCCCCAGUAGCCCAGGAGGAACAGAAGAAAGAAGAGCCUGGGGCAUCUGUAGAACCAGGGCGUCAACCAGGGCUCUAUAGCUACAUCAGAGAUGACCUGUUCACCUCAGAGAUUUUCAAGCUGGAACUGCAGAACUUACCUCGCCACGCCAGCUUCAGCGAUGUGCGACGCUUUUUGGGCCGCUUUGGCUUGCAGCCCCACAAAACCAAACUCUUUGGGCAACCACCCUGUGCCUUUGUCACAUUCCGCAGCGCUGCUGAGCGGGACAAAGCCCUGCGAGUGUUGCAUGGUGCCCUCUGGAAAGGCCGCCCACUCAGUGUGCGCCUAGCCCGGCCCAAGGCAGAUCCCAUGGCCAGGAAGAGGCAGCAUGAGGGUGAGGUUGAGCCACUGGUAGCACAAAUUGCUGACGUUGUGACCCCGCUUUGGACAGUACCCUAUGCUGAGCAGCUGGAACGAAAGCGCCUUGAGUGUGAGCAGGUGCUGCAAAGGCUUGCCAAAGAAAUUGGGAGCACCAACCGUGCUCUGCUGCCCUGGCUGCUCACACAGAGGCACAAGCACAACAAGGCCUGCUGCCCACUGGAGGGGGUCAGACCAUCACCGCAGCAGAUUGAGUAUCGAAAUAAGUGUGAGUUUCUGGUUGGCACUGGGGUAGACGGGAAGGACAAUACUGUUGGCUGCCGGCUCGGCAAGUACAAGGGUGGAACAUGUGCUGUGGCAGCCCCCUUUGACACAGUACACAUCCCUGAGGCCACCAAACGGGUGGUGAAAGCCUUCCAGGAGUUUAUCCGGUCGACCCCAUACUCAGCAUAUGAUCCUGAGACCUAUACAGGUCACUGGAAGCAGCUGACUGUACGCACCAGCCGCAGAGGCCAGGCUAUGGCCAUUGCCUAUUUCCACCCCCAGAAACUGAGCCCAGAGGAGCUAGCAGGGCUGAAGGCCUCCCUGGCACAGCACUUCAUGGAGGGGCCAGGCAGGGCCAGCGGGGUGACCUGCCUCUACUUCGUGGAGGAGGGACAGCGUAAGACCCCCAGCCAAGAGGGCCUGCCCCUGGAGCAUGUGGCUGGGGACCAGUGCAUCCAGGAAGAUCUACUUGGGCUGACCUUCCGGAUUUCCCCUCAUGCCUUCUUCCAGGUAAAUACACCUGCAGCUGAGGUGCUCUACACAGUCAUCCAAGACUGGGCGCAGCUGGAUGAGGGAAGUACAGUGCUGGAUGUGUGCUGUGGCACUGGCACCAUUGGCUUGGCCAUAGCCCAGAAGGUGAAGAGAGUCAUUGGGAUUGAACUGAGCCAGGAGGCUGUGGAGGAUGCACGAGCAAAUGCCCAGGCCAAUGAGUUAAGCAACGUUGAGUUCCACUGUGGGAGGGCAGAGGACCUGGUGCCUGCCCUGGUGAGCAGACUGGUCUCCCAACAACUUGUGGCUAUCCUGGACCCACCCCGAGCGGGCCUACAUUCCAAGGUGAUCCUGGCUAUCCGUAGAGCUGAGAACCUCAAGAAGCUCCUGUAUGUUUCGUGCAACCCCCGGGCAGCCAUGGGCAACUUUGUGGAUCUCUGCAGAGCCCCAUCCAACCGAGUGAAGGGCACUCCCUUCCGACCAGUCAAGGCUGUGGCUGUGGACCUGUUCCCACAGACCCCACACUGUGAGAUGCUCAUCCUGUUCGAGAGGGUGGAAUACCCUAAUGGUACAGGGAUCCUGGAGCACCAAGAACCUCUAGCCCAGCCUCCACCAGGGCUCCCUGAUGAUAUUCCACAGGAAACUAGGAACUCCCUCUCAUCCUAGGCCCUGGGAGAGGCAGAAGCCCGCUUUUCUAAGUAGGGCCCAUCAUGGGGCAAAAGCUGCCCCUCCCCCCACACACACACAGCCUCCCUCAUUCUAGGAUGUUCAAGAAAACAAGGAUACAAGGUUCAACUACCCCACUAGGAUCAGCCAGUCUGUUGCCACAGGCUGUGGUUCUGAAAAUGAGUAGACUCCUGCAAUCUGCUUGUCCCCACCCCAAAUCCUUUCUAGAAUAGCCAGGUUGUGAAAGAUAGAAUAAACAACUGCUGAACUAA